UCCCCUGACUCAGCUGCUCUAGCCUUCCUGGAGCUGCAGGUGUUAAUUUAGGGGCCCCUGGGCCCUGACCUUAUUAGAUACUGGCAGCAGAACCAUGAGGGCCUGGAGCCUCCUCCUCCUGGUGGCCUUCCUGGCUUUGGGGAGCCAGCUGCCUGCUGCCUUGGGCAGCAGGAAGAGAGAGAAAUUGGGGGGCUGUCCGCCAGAUGAUGGGCCGUGCCUCCAAUUGGUGCCGGACCAGUGCAUGGACGACAGCCAGUGUCCCUCAAGGAAGAAGUGCUGCUACCAGGCUUGCUAUCGCCAGUGUGUCCGUCUGGUCUCAGUCAAGCAGGGCAGCUGCCCCAAGGACCCCCUGCGCUGCCUCAGCCCCAUUCAGCACCUGUGCCACCAGGACUCAGACUGCCGGGGCUCCAGCCGGUGCUGCCUCGGCGCCUGCGGCCGGGACUGCCGAAACCCUGUCAAAGGCUGAUUCUGGUUUAGGAUCCACGGCUCUGAACCUCAGGUUGAUGUUCCCAGCAGCAAAAGAUGAUGAUGACGGGCUUGGGACCCUGCCACCCAGGCCGCACUCUCUCUGCCAGCGGCCGUUCCAACCUUCCGAUAAACUGAUCUGGAGUCAUUCCACCUGCAACACCCCCGCCCCCACCCACCCACAGUUUCUCCUCCUGGGAAUCAGGGUCCAUAGCCAGACCGCAAAGGACCCCUCUCCUGCACACUGAACUGCUCAUCCUUUCCAACGCCCACUUUCACAUCUUGUUGUACACACAUUUCUUCCACCUAAAAUGCCCAAGACAAGCAGGCCCCUCCUUGUGGAGUCCUUAUCCCUCCCUCAGGCAGCCAGCCACCCCAAGCGUAUGUUGUAGCAGAGUUUUCCAAACAUCAGAAUAUUCACAUACCCCUUUCACAGUUUCCACCAUACCUGCCGAACAGCUCCAUGAUUUUGCGUACGGCCUGUACUACUACUCACCUAAGGUUUUUCUUUAAAUGGACUCACCUUCAUAUAUGAGUACAUUUAUUUCAAAGGAAAACCUUGAUAUCGCUACUAUAAAUGCGUGCGCGGGAUCACUUGCCACAAAUAGAGUGGAACUGUAAAAGCAAAUGCAACGAAAACAGCUAAGUUCCAUUAAAGUAAAUCAUGCCAGAUUAAACAAUGUUAAAUAAUGUUAUUGAAUUCUAGCUGGAUGCUGCCACCUGCCAAGACCGUGAGCCUGAAGCUUGUUCUCUCUCUCUGUUGUAAUAAAUGAAGAUGAGCAAGGGUUAAGAGAUGUUAAAGAUACAGAUCUCUAAACUGAGACUUCCUCCCUGGGGUAAUCAGAAAGUCUGAAAAGAGAAGAACUACAAUUUUCUCACUCCAAGAGUCUAUGUU